GAUAUCCGGUUUCUCCGGGCGCUCCCGGACCUGAGAGGGCCGCCGCCCAGCAGUAGACGUUGUCUCCGCCAGCCGUCCCGCAGUCCCCGCGGUGUUUGAGUGAGUCCGGGCCCGGUCGUUUCUCCCGCCGCCGCCAUGGGCUGCACGUUGAGCGCCGAAGACAAGGCGGCGGUGGAGCGGAGUAAGAUGAUCGACCGCAACUUGCGUGAAGACGGGGAGAAAGCGGCUAAAGAAGUGAAGCUGCUGCUCCUCGGUGCCGGAGAAUCUGGCAAAAGCACCAUUGUGAAACAGAUGAAAAUCAUUCAUGAGGACGGCUAUUCAGAGGAGGAAUGUAAACAGUAUAAAGUCGUCGUCUACAGCAACACUAUACAGUCCAUUAUUGCCAUCAUAAGGGCCAUGGGGCGGCUGAAGAUUGACUUUGGGGAAGCUGCCAGAGCAGAUGAUGCCCGACAGCUCUUUGUCUUAGCUGGCAGUGCCGAAGAGGGAGUCAUGACCCCUGAACUCGCAGGCGUGAUUAAACGGCUGUGGCGAGAUGGCGGGGUGCAGGCUUGCUUCUGCAGAUCCAGGGAAUAUCAGCUCAAUGAUUCUGCCUCAUAUUACCUCAACGAUUUGGAUAGAAUAUCCCAAACCAACUACAUUCCAACCCAACAAGAUGUCCUGCGGACAAGAGUGAAGACCACAGGCAUUGUGGAGACGCACUUCACCUUCAAAGACCUGUACUUCAAGAUGUUUGAUGUAGGUGGCCAAAGGUCAGAACGAAAAAAGUGGAUUCACUGUUUUGAGGGAGUGACAGCAAUUAUCUUCUGUGUGGCCCUCAGUGAUUAUGACCUUGUUCUGGCUGAGGACGAAGAGAUGAACCGAAUGCACGAAAGCAUGAAACUGUUUGACAGCAUUUGUAACAACAAAUGGUUUACAGACACUUCAAUCAUUCUCUUCCUCAACAAGAAAGAUCUUUUUGAGGAAAAAAUAAAGAGGAGUCCAUUAACUAUCUGUUAUCCAGAAUACACGGGUUCCAACACAUACGAAGAAGCAGCUGCUUACAUCCAGUGCCAGUUUGAAGAUCUGAACAGAAGGAAAGACACCAAGGAGAUCUACACCCACUUCACCUGUGCCACCGACACCAAGAACGUGCAGUUCGUGUUUGACGCCGUCACGGACGUCAUCAUUAAAAACAACUUAAAGGAGUGCGGCCUGUACUGAAGCGUGUGGAGGCGAACAAAAGUUGCUGCAGUGUGGAGUGCCGAGACCAGACUUCUGCCCUCUCUCUGGGCAGCGGCAAGCACGAAUGGGACCGGCGACGGUGGCAGCCUGCGGAAUCUUAGCACUCUUUAGCACAACCUUCUGUACUAGGGAACUCUUCAUUGACACGAGAUGCUGAAAUCAGACAUUGGAAUUCGAGCAGCUGUAAAGUAUGAAUCAAGACAUCACUUGGAUUUCUUAGUCUCAGAUGUUUAGGGCAGAUGUGAAAUUGCGGUGCUGCAUCCCAGAACUUCGAUACGUAGCUUCCUCUUUUUUAUUUUUACUUCUCCACAGACCAUCGGUAGUUCUUUAAAAAAAAUUCCCAUAAAGAAUAACUUUACUAAAUUUUAUUCCUUUGUUUACAAAAGAAUCUUUAUUAAACACACAGUCUUAACUAUGCACAUGAUAUGAGCAGAUCGUCUUAAAAACAUUCCUCUUCGUAGGACCUGUUGUUUUUACUCUUGGUGUGGUUGGAAUGUAGUAUUUCUGUAACAAUCUAAUUCUCCAGUUACGGGGCUAGAACUAUGACUUUUUGGAUGAAAUUUAUGUUCCUAUCCUGUUGAAGUACCAUUAUGGUUUCUAAGUGGUAAUUACAUUGGAGAGUUCUGUAAUAAGAUUCUAGCGCUCUCUCUUUUUUUAAGCGUAGGGUUGAAGGCUAACCCGAAUUAUGCUGAUUACCAAAUCACUAGAUAAAUGCUUCUGCGAUAUGCUAAAGUCAGCCUCUUGGAUAGAACUCUCAGGGCAGCUGCCAACCAGAAAUGCAGAUUGCUCAGUUUCACACAGAACCGGUGACUCCGCUGCUACGUCCCUGCUAAACUGACAGCUUCAACUCUUGCUUGUUCGUCUCAGUCCCAGGGAGUUUCGUAAAAGAUGCCCUUUGUUUCUCAUCUUCCAUGGCCUUUUCUGGUGUGGGAAACAUCUGAAGUGUAUUAACAGUGCAUGCUUUUCCUUUGUAAACGUGGUGCCAAAUCCCUGUUUGCCAUUGUUUUUAUUGUAGCAACGUUAAUUAUAGUAAUCCGUAGUACCUUCUUUUGCCGAAACUAUUGCAUUUUGGGGCCUUUUUCCCCUUUGCUGUGUGUACAGAUUUUAAUCUGUGAUAGUUGGCAGCAGUAUUAAAAUGGUGAGUAAAGAGUCCAGGUUUGUUCCUGUUUGUAACUAGUCCUUUCUGGAAAUAUUUUCUUGUGGUUUUUUUUUGCCCCUGCCGAGUGUGCUCUGGGCUUUGUCUGAGAGCGGGUUUAGGUGGAAAGGUUCCCCGAGGGUCUUGUCUUUCGGUGUGAUAGUGAUGUUGCUUCUAGGCCAGUCUGCGGCCCUAGGUCCUGUCUGUGUAAGUGAUCUGCUCAAAACCGCUUUCCAGGCUUACAUUCUGGUUGUGUGAGCGCCCCAUGAACCCCAGCCUGCAGUGCGGUCUGUACGGGGCCCAGCAGGUGUCGGCACCUGGUGCGUGGUCCUGGGGAGGCAGACGAGGAGGAUGCAUUUGGGGUGGUCCGUGUUUGUAGUUGGAGCAGUGCCUUUCGGGGUCCAGUCUUUCAGGUUGGAUUCUGUUUCUUUUGAUGUGACCCUUCACUAGUUUAAGCGAAAAGAGUUGUUUGGUGGUCAUCAAAUCUGGUUCAGAAAGCAAGCCGCAGUAGUGCAGUGCCUUUAUUGGUAGUUUUUGUUCGGAAUUUUUUUUUUCUCUUACUCCUUGGAAAAGUAUAUGCAGAUGGUGAACUGUGUUAGCUAACAAUUUUUUUUAGGCUUGGGAAAACUAUCUAAAAGAAAGAAGAUGAUCAGCUUCAAUUGGUGACUGACUUAUGCCCACAGUGUAAAUAGGGUUGAUAGUUCUCGUUUGUUUUGAAUUUAUCUUGACUGUACUUUGUAAAUAGACUCAUCCCGUUACGAGAACUGCUCCAGUGUUGCCUUAACGGAAGUCUUUCCGUGGUCUGCACUGAUGGGAUGGUGCUGCUGAUGACCCAGAGUAACAGAUGAGCAAAGCAGUAAUAUUGUUCUAAAAUGCAUUUUGUAUUUUCAUACGUCUGUAUGUUCAUUUUUAGCCCUUUUUUAGGGAAAAUUGUAGUUCUCCACUUCUUGGUGUCUACAACAGUCAUUCUCCAUUUACGUGAAGGCCAUCCCUUACCUGCUAUCCCAAAUAACUUACCUAAAUGUACAUUCCUUGUGGGCACAGGGCACAAUUUAAGUCAGUGGUUUUCAAAUAUGCCUUAUGUCAAAAUCUCCCGAUCCAUCUCAGAGACUGACUCUUGGCCAGCAGACUAGCAAUCUAUAACUUUCAAAAGGUUAUUCUGAUCAUCAGCCUUGCUAAUCACUAUUACAUUUUGAAAUAAAAGAUUUUUUUCUUUGG